GAAAGUAAUCCCCUUCCAAAGUCAAAGCUUUUUUUCCCUUCACAAAAAUGGCGUUCUCACUCCAGCUCCAGCAAAUCUUCGUUUCGUACACUAGAUUUUGCUCUCAACCAAAAUCAAUAACUAAUCCUCUAAUCUCCCUCAAAUUACCGUCGAUUCAUCCACUCGCCUUUGCUCAAAAUGCCGCCGUCAGCAACAUUGACACCGGCGUCGCCGCCAUUGACGGUUCAGCUGAGGAAGUAUCUUUACCUCCACAGCUCAGGCGAGAACUGAUGCCGAAACAUGUUGCGUUGAUAAUGGACGGGAAUAGAAGGUGGGCUAAAAUGAGAGGAUUGCCGGUUGCCUUAGGUUAUGAAGCUGGUAUUCGAGCUGUUAGGAAGAUUAUUGAGCUGUGUGGAAAUUGGGGAAUUAUGGUUCUUACUUUGUUUGCCUUUUCCUCUGAUAAUUGGUUACGUCCUAAAGUGGAAGUUGAUAUUUUGAUGAGCUUAUUCGAAAGAGCUCUGAAUGAUGAGCUUGAAAAUUUUGCCAGAGAAGGGAUUCGAAUAUCUAUAAUUGGAGACUCCAGUAAGCUCCCGAAGUCAUUGCAGGACUUAAUAGCUAAAGCUGUAAAGACUACAAAGGAAAAUUCACGACUUCACCUCGUUGUUGCAGUUAACUAUAGUGGACAGCAUGAUGUUGUACAAGCUUGUCAAACGAUCGCUCAAAAAGUGAAGGAUGACAUUAUCGAAACCAAAGACAUUAAUAGUUUCCUAAUAGAGCAGGAAUUACAAACAAACUGUAUCGAUUUCCCUUGUCCUGAUUUGCUUAUAAGGACUAGUGGGGAGCUAAGGCUUAGCAAUUUCUUACUCUGGCAGUUGGCUUAUUCUGAACUGUUCUUUUCACAUUCACAUUGGCCCGACUUUGGAGAAGCUGAAUUUUUAGAGGCUUUGUGUUCCUUUCAACAAAGGCAGAGACGCUACGGUAGACAGAGCUCCUAGCUUUAUGCCAUGAACUUUUGGAUUAAUUGUGAGGCUGAGAAAACCUUAUUGAGAUCAUUGAUGGUCAGUUCUUAUGAGAAACAAGUCUGAGGUACUUAAGAGCGAUGUUGUCUGAUCCUUUUUGGAGGAUCCAACACGGGUGCAGCGUGCAGCAUUGAGCAACCCUUGUCUCAUGAUCCUGCAAAUGGACAGCUGUGAGACAUUUCAUCUAGUAGCCAAUUAGAGCGAGCUCUACCUUGUCUCCAACAAUCACACGAGGCAAGAUCGAUGACUUGCUGCUAAGGUGGUAAAUACGGUAUCUCAGACACCUGACCGCGAUGCAUCUUGGAUGGUCACGGAGAACUGGUAUAGACUAGUAAUGAGGGAAGAUAAGUGACUCGUGGUGGGCGUUUGAUUAUUGUAAGUCGUAACUGCAAUCUUCACAUUAUCGGCAUAUCAUCUUUUCUUAGUUUGUGUCUAAUUUCCUUUUACAUUUCCUCUACUUGCUGAAAGUUGCAAUUACCUGAUGCAAUUGAAUUCAUAGUUUGAGCAA